GUCAAAUAAAUUUGCGAUUCAUGUCGCAGGCGAGCGUUUGCGUUUGCUUUCAUUUAUCUCAGGAAUAGUAAAAUAAUCAUUUAAAACCAUGGAAAAUAUAAGGGAAAAGUCUUUUCAAGACUAUCGCAAGAAACUAAUGGAACACAAGGAGGUGGAAUCACGGUUAAAAGAUAUGCGAGAACAAUUAAAAGACUUAACAAAACAGUAUGACAAGAGUGAAAAUGAUUUGAAAGCUCUGCAAAGUGUGGGGCAGAUAGUUGGUGAAGUGCUGAAGCAACUAACUGAAGAGAAGUUCAUAGUAAAAGCCACAAAUGGCCCCAGAUAUGUGGUGGGCUGUCGACGUCAGUUGGACAAGAAUAAGCUGAAGGGAGGCACCAGAGUUGCUCUUGACAUGACCACUCUAACUAUUAUGAGGCAUUUGCCGAGAGAGGUUGACCCCUUGGUGUAUAACAUGAGCCAUGAAGAUCCAGGUGACGUCACAUAUUCCGCUAUUGGUGGUCUACAGGAACAGAUAAGACAGCUUAGGGAGGUCAUUGAACUGCCGCUCAUGAACCCAGAACUAUUUGUCAGAGUCGGUAUCACCCCACCCAAGGGUUGUUUACUGUACGGACCACCCGGAACAGGCAAGACUCUGUUAGCACGAGCGGUCGCUUCACAGUUGGAUGCUAACUUUUUGAAGGUAGUAUCAUCGGCCAUAGUUGACAAGUACAUCGGCGAAUCGGCGCGUCUCAUCCGGGAGAUGUUCAACUAUGCCAGAGAUCACCAACCAUGCAUCAUUUUCAUGGACGAGAUUGAUGCUAUCGGUGGCAGACGUUUCUCCGAGGGCACCAGCGCUGAUCGUGAGAUCCAACGUACGCUGAUGGAAUUGCUGAACCAGAUGGACGGCUUUGAUUCACUGGGCCAGGUCAAGAUCAUCAUGGCGACCAACCGGCCCGACACCUUGGACCCCGCCCUCCUCCGCCCCGGAAGGUUGGACAGGAAGAUUGAAAUACCACUGCCCAAUGAGCAGGCCAGGUUAGAAAUCCUCAAGAUCCACGCGGCGCCGAUCGCUAAGCACGGCGAAGUGGACUACGAGGCGGUGGUGAAGCUAUCCGAUACUUUCAACGGCGCGGAUCUCCGUAACGUGUGUACCGAAGCUGGUCUCUUCGCCAUACGCGCCGAACGGGAAUAUAUUGUUCAGGAGGAUCUCAUGAAGGCGGUACGCAAGGUGGCAGAUAACAAGAAGUUGGAAAGCAAGUUGGACUACAAACCAGUCUAAUUAUAAAGCAUUUAUUCUUGUAAUUAAUUUUUAGGGAGCAUCUUAAACUGUCAUUAUACAUUCAUUUCUUAAUAAAUAAUAGUUUUAAU